UGCACUGGUUAAGCAAAAACGCAACGCUUCAGCUUCAAGUCUGGAGUCUCUAUCCAUCCAUGCUCUUCGACGCCAUUUCUCUUCCUCUCUGGCCAAACACAACGUUUUAUUUACAUUUUUGAGCCUCUACGGUUUUCCCUGUUGCCCCUCACAGCUUUUUGCAAGGGAAAAAGGGGGAAAAAAAAGGGGGGCAGCGUGUGCCGCAAAUUCUUAAUGUGAAAGAAGAAGACCAAUUUCUUCAAUCCGCGAAAAACCUGCUUCUCCCAUCUUCAUAUUAUCUGCAUCUUCUUCUCUCAUUUCCAAAUUACGACAACCUUCUGCUCAAAGUGGAAAAUAUGAUCUGGGCUUGUUAAUUUUGCAAUUAAGUUUUGGUUUUCUUGGGGAGAAAAUGGCUAUCGGCGAUGUCUUUGACGGCAAUGUUGACACUUCCAGUUCUACAGUAUCAGAGUUGAUAUUGUCUUUGAAAUCGGCGUUUCAAAGUGCCCAUUUUUCGGAAGUUGAAUCAAUUUUGAGUUACAGAGAGCUGAAACUGAAACGCGAAAUUGAAGAGAAGGCGGAAGAAAAUAAGCAGCUCGAGAAAUGGAACGGCUUGUUGGAACUGGAAAUAUUAGAUAAAGAAAGAGUAGAGAAUGAACUAAAAAGUUGCUUGAGAGAGUGUAUUGAGCUAAGGCAGUUGAAUUCUCGACUUACCCAAGAGCUAAAUGAUUUAAAUGAGAGAUUACAAGCUGAUGCAGUGAAUCAGCAAACAAUAAUUGAGCUUAAGAGAAAGAAUUGUGAAUUAGAAUGUGCUAAGUUGAAAGCUGAGACGGAGGCAGAGAUUUAUAAGAGGAGAUUUGAUGAACUGGAGCCACGAGUUUCAUUCUUGGAAAAAGAUACGGUGUUCUUGAAGAGCCUUGAGCCAUCGAGGGACACAAGUGCUAGGGUUUCUAGGGAUUUUUUGGGAGAGAAGGCAGAGAAGGCUGUUAUUGAAAAUGAGAAGAGUGGUGAAAAUCUUAAAACUGUGAAGAUUGAAUUGGAGGAGAAUGAAAAUGCGCAUAUGAAGGCAGAUGGCAGCCUUAGUUGUCUUAUACCAGAGGAUGCAGAUGGCAGCUCUAGUUGUCCUUUAUUAGAGGAUGGAGAUCGAGAUUUGAAAAUAACAGGCAGUGGAAGACCUGUAAUAGGUGACAUUGUUGAGAUUGUGGAUAGUGAUGAUGACUCUUCUCCGUGUGAAUUUUUGGGUACAAAAGAGAUGGCUAUCACAGCACAUGGGGACCAGGCACAAUCAGGGCAAGCAGUUGCUGAACGUGAGACUGAAGUGCUCAAAAGAAAAAGGGCUUCAAGUGUCAUUGAAGAAGGGAAUUGUAAUAAUCAAGAUGUUGAUGACAAUUGUACAAUUGAGAAACCUAAGAUGACAAAAAUUCAAAAGAUUAUCCACAAGCAUAAUAGUUCUCCUGCCAUGAAUUGUUCAGCAGCAACCUUGUCCUUUGGAACUAAUAAUCGUGCGAGGGAAUUUACUCCAUCAAAGCUAGCUCUUUUGCUAGCAUGUGAAGAGAAAAUGGGGGCAGAUAAUAAAUAUCAAAAUGGGUCUGACAGUUCAAGUUCCUCCAGCUCAGAAGAUGAAUGGGACUUUUCAGUGGAUUUUUCUACAAUUAAUAAGAAUUGGCAACGAAGGCAAGUCAAUGGAGCUCAUAAAAGCUGGGAGAUUGACGCAGACAUGAUUACCGCAUUUGAGAAAGAUGGAGAACUUUGUAUGGAGGCUAUCUGUGCUCUAUACAGGCAACAAACCUCUGCCAGAAAAUCAAUUUAUGGCACUUCAACUUCUCAAAAUCGAGGUUUUAACAAGUUAGUUGUAACCAGGGGUACUACUUUGGCGGAGUUUCUCAUUGAUGGUGAUCCGCAAGGGAAGUUGAAGAAAUCAAAAUUAGAGUUGGUGGCUUAUGACCCUAAAGGCCUUGAUGACUGCAGAAGAAUUGCAAUUGACCACUCUAAACAGUUGUUUGAGAUAUACCAGAAGCAAGAAGAUCCUCUAUUCUUGAAUUGACCAGUAAUUUUCUUGCUAGAAGUCUCUCCUAAUCCUAAUUGCAGAUCCAAGCACCAAUAGGAUUUGCUUUUUGCCGUAGAUAUUCAUGUCUCAAGCACCGGAUUGCUGAAGAUAGCCACAUUGCAUCAUUGACAUUUUUAUGUUUUUGCUGUCAAAAUUGGGUGCUCUUCCAAAGGAUUAUAAACGGUGGUGGAGGAGCCCAUUCCCAGUAACGGUGGAGGAUUUUAUUUAUUAUAAUUAAGUAUAAAUAAUUUAUAAUAAA